AUGUAUGUUUUUACGGUCCGCACUCCCCACCAUGCGUCCCCCUCUGAUGACAUCACAGUGUGUCUGGAACACGAGACGCUGGAGCAGGACGCCCUCCACAUCCUGAGGGCCGCGAGGCUGGAGGGCCUGGUGCAGUACCUCCACAUCCUGAGGGCCGCGAGGCUGGAGGGCCUGGUGCAGUACCCACACAUCCCCCCGGCAUCACCCUCUACAACCGCACCAAGUCCUCUUCCUCACUCCUCCUCCUCCUCACCCCUCUUCCUCACUCUUAUUCCUCUGGCCUCUCCUCUUCCCCACUCCUCUUCCUCAGUCCUCUUCCUCAGUCCUCCUCCUCACCACUCUUCCUCACUCUUCUUCCUCUGGCUUCUCCUCUUCCCCACUCCUCUUCCUCAGUCCUCUUCCUCACUCCUCUUCCUCAGUCCUCUUCCUCAGUCCUCCUCCUCACCCCUCUUCCUCACUCUUCUUCCUCUGGCCUCUCCUCUUCCUCACUCCUCUUCCUCAGUCCUCUUCCUCAGUCCUCCUCCUCACCCCUCUUCCUCACUCUUAUUCCUCUGGCUUCUCCUCUUCCCCACUCCUCUUCCUCAGUCCUCUUCCUCACUCCUCUUCCUCAGUCCUCUUCCUCAGUCCUCCUCCUCACCCCUCUUCCUCACUCUUAUUCCUCUGGCCUCUCCUCUUCCCCACUCCUCUUCCUCAGUCCUCUUCCUCAGUCCUCCUCCUCACCCCUCUUCCUCACUCUUCUUCCUCUGGCCUCUCCUCUUCCUCACUCCUCUUCCUCAGUCCUCUUCCUCACUCCUCUUCCUCACUCCUCUUCCUCAGGCGUCCUUCAUCCUCUUCUCUCCUCCUCGUUCUGGAACAAAAGCUGGAAAAAACGAAGCUCCGCAGAAUCUCAAUGGCCGCCGCCGCCACGCACUAACCGCUAUUGAGAGCGGCGUCCGGCCCCUGAGGACGGGACAGACCAGGGCCAUUCACCAGGACCGGCCCCUCCCCCUUGCACUCUCUGGGGCCUGUGCCAGGUCUCAGUGUGGCUCCAUCAGCUGA